AUGGAUUGGCUUCGCAAAAUUGUAAGCGGAAACAGAAGAAGAUUUGAAGAUCCCUAAUAUAAUCUUGAUAUUACUUAUAUAACCAAUAGAAUACUUGCUAUGUCUUUUCCUGCCACAGGAUUUGAAAAGAUGUAUAGAAACAACAUAAAUGAUGUUGCUAAUUUCCUUAAGUAAAAACAUGGAAAGCACUUCAGAAUAUUCAACAUGAGUGGGAGAAGUUAUGACACUAGGAAAUUUGGAGAAAAAAUGGUGGAACACUUCGAAUGGGAGGAUCAUCACUCUCCCGCCCUGCAUAUUUUAUUUGAGGCUUGCAUGAAAAUGCAUGUCUUCUUGAAAAGCAAUCCGAAAAAUGUUGUUGUAGUUCAUUGUAAUGCUGGAAAAGGUAGAACUGGAACACUCAUUAGCUGCUACUUAAUAUAUAGUGGCUUAUCAGAUAAUCCACUAGAUGCUAUUACAUAUUAUGGAUGGAAAAGAUUUAGUCAUGGCAAAGGAGUAACAUAGCCAUCUUAAGUGAGAUAUGUUUAUUACUUUGAUAUGGUUUACAAAGGGGUGAUUAGAAGUCCUGUUUUAAAAUCUCCUGAGAGAAUCAUUAUUCAUACUAUACCAUCAAUAAAUCAUACCAAUAAAUGCAAGCCAUAUGUUGAGAUCGUCAAUGGAACAGAUUUUUAAUAAGUAAACUCAUUUGACUCAUUCAUAAUAACAUCUUUUUAGAUCUGGUCGAAUAAAUAGAGUAUGAAUUUGAAGACAUAUAAGCAGCUAGAGUAAAGCUAGAGAAUUUCUGCAUAGACGAGUUCAUCUCAAAGCUUUGAGCAAAAAAUGGUCAUUUAGAUUGAAAAUGCGUUGCAGCUUAGCAGUGAUCUUUAUUUUAGAAUUAAGCAUAGAGGACAGUUUAAGUGUAAAUUGAUUUGCAGAUUCGCAUUAAACCCUGCUUUUGUUACCGAUAAAUCCAGAUAGUAUAUCAAAGAACCCAGCUUACAGCUAGAAUUUUAAGAUAGAGCUAUUUUUCAAGGACAUAUGUAGUAACUGCAAACCAUCAGAUUUCAUUCAAACUAAAACCAUGAUAAACCAAAUCAUUAAUAAGGUGUGCUAACAAACUUUAACUCUACAGAAAGUGAUUAUGAUACUAUUCUGAAAUAAAGUGCUGCCAAUUCGUUUGAGGAUAUUAAACAUACUACUGGCAUGCAUUAUGAUGAUACUGAUACUGAUUAAUCUGAAAGUGAUAUUUCAGAUAAUCAAAUGGUUGAGACCAAGUUUGAUUAAGAAUUCAUUUUAGACAAGGCAUCAUCUGAUACUGAAGCGAAUAAACCCUAAAAUACUUUAAUACAAAAGAUAGAUUAUGAGUUUAGCAAUAGUGAUAGCAGCCAUAAUGAAAGUAGCAAUGAAAGCUAAUCAGAGGAGGAAUAAUAGGAGAAUUUAGAUGUCAUAUAAGAAAAUAGAUUCGAAGAAGAAGAGGAGGAUAAAGCGGAUGAUCUCUAACUAGAUAGAUCUAGGUCAACAACAUUUGAUCAAUAUUAAGAUGAUGAAUUUUUCUAAUUGUCUAGAGCUUAUACAGAAAAAUAACACUAAUCUUCAUCUUUCUUAAACGACAGAAAAGUAGCAUUUAAGGGUGUAUCAAAAGCUGAAAUAUUAAAAUCUAAUCCAUUCAAAAAUAAUAAUACUCUUUAAAUGGCGUAAAAGAGACCUUCAAAUAUUGAUCAUAUGCUAAUACCAAGAGAUUUUAAGAUUAAGAAAAAGCUGAGAAGAUCAAAAUCCACUGACUUCAAUGAAGAUAAAUCUAAAGUUCAGUAAAAAAUACUUAAGACUAAAUUUGAAAAGCAAAAAAUAAAAAAUGCUAUUCAGCAAAAAAAACGAAUGUCAAUAUUCAGAAUGAAUACAUUUAAAGAGGAUAAAUUGAAUCCAAUAUUUAGGCUCUCUUUAAUCACAAGUUAAUUAAAAAUGCCUCAAAGCUUUUAAGGGGUUGAUUCCCAUCUAGAAAAUUCUCUAAGUUGA